GUAAAACUAAAUGAUCCAAAUCAUUGAACAGAACCGAAAACUUCAACUAUAUAAACUCGCACAAAAUAACUGAUAUAAGACGUGAGACGCCGCCACCAACAAAUCAUCGACUGAAUCGCUUUCACCUUCAACAUUCGGCUCCAGAACUCUAUUUGAUAUAGAUAUCGAGCCCAAUUUUCGCGAAUCAAAAACAGAGCAAACCUCGUGGUUAAUUGAGAUACAUCGCAGCUGUCGCCGUCACUACUGAUCUACUCUAAAAGGGAUGAAUCGGGCGGCUGUUGCACUCGGCAGGAACAAGAGGCCUAGGGAAUCAUCAGGUCUAUCAAGUGAUGAGCAGAGCAUCCUUGACUUGAUCCUAAGCAAAGAGGGCUCCGGCAUUCAACCUAGAGAGAUCAAAUACCAGCUCAAGAUCCCCGACCCUGUCAUCACGAAAGCAUCCAAAGCUCUCCUGGCCAGUGGCAAGAUCAAAGAGGUGAAAGGCAUUCAGCGAGGCGGUGCAGCAAGGAAAAUCUUGAUGGGGGUCGAGUUUAAGCCCGCUGACGUAGUUAGUGGGGGCAUCUGGUACGAGGAUGGGAAGAUCGACACCGGAUUUGUUGAUGUUCUUAGAAGGUUCUGCCGCAUGUGGGUGAUGAAGAGCAAGGUUGCUACUGUGGAGGGGCUGCACAAGGCUGUGUCGGAGGGCAAAGUGGCUACCGUUGAAAUCCCUAAGCUGCAGCUGACUGAGUUGCUGACUUCGAUGGUGUUGGAUAAUGAAUUGGUGGAGGUGAAGAGCACUGGUUUUGGAUUAUUUUUCCGGAUUCCUAUAGGGGAAACGUGUUACAAGCUUCCGAGUGCAGCAGGAGGGGCUAAAAAGGAUUCGGUUACAAGUAAAUUUGCUUCGAUUCCUUGUGACUCGUGUCCCAGGAUUGCUGUAUGCACACCCGAUGGGGUCGUCUCCCCGACUACUUACGUGUAUUACAAUCAGUGGUUAGACAUCAAACUCUAAACUCUCCCAACUUACUGAAGAUGUUUCCCUUGAGAUACACACAUUCUUGUGUUUUUUUGGCAUUGGUCUUUUAUCUUUAAAACUAGAUGAUCUUAAGUCUUAAAUGGUAUUUGAAUUCUUGAUUUGGAGUGUUCUGUAUUGUGCAAAAGAGGAUGAAGCAUGGCAUCAUAAUUAUGAUAUGUUGGUUUGUUCAAAGGCAAUCAAAAUGUUCUCAAUAGAGUUCCAAUAAAAUUACUAGGUUACAUCUUA